CAGGUUUAUCCUCAAAAAGCACUCCGUGGUUAUCAACCCUAGCAGAGGCAAAUACACAUGCUCUGGUUUCAACUUCUGCACGAGAAAAAACGCUAGCAUCGCAAUAUCCUCCCAUCAAUCGGAUAACAAGAAUGGAUUCCACCAUCGUGAAGUCUACGAAAGAAGCUACAAUGAAGCCAUCAUCUGACAAACCUACAUCCGAUGUGAUACCGACCUCACCGGAAGCUACGAAGGAGCAUCAGCAUCCAAAAGUUUCAGAGACAGAACCGGUUUGGGAGGACACUACAAGUUCAAAGAUGUCUACUAGUCUCAGUGAAAUAAACACUCUGUUCGGAUCAGAAGAACAUACACUUUCAUUCACAGAUAUCAUGGAUAUGGCGACUUUGUUAUUAACAGCAACUGAAGGAAACACCGCAACUUUGUUUUCUGCGAUAGCAAAACAAACCACGCUUCCAAACGAUCGUGAUACAACCGUGAAUCGUGUCACACAGUUUACUGAUAAUACUGUUACAAGAACUAUGUUAUCACAUAUAACACCAGACGGGCUAUCUACAACAGCUCAACUUUUAGAAGAACCUCCUGGAAUAUCGAUAUCUUCUGAUCUCACCAGCCCCGAAACUUUGACGGGAAGCAAUAAAUCAGAGAGAUAUUCCACUUCCUUGACGGAGCGGAUGGCAUCCGCAAUGGAAACAACGUCGGAAGAUAUCCAUUCGCCUACAACCCGAUUUGAUCUCUUGACAUCAGCAAAGACAACGUUGGCAGAGACGUCCAGCGCUUUGGCAUUUACAUCCUCGAUAUCUAAAAGUACGUUCACAUCUAAAUCUAAAGAGGAUAUUACUCUAAUAGAAACGGGACAAACUGCUUUAGUUGGUGAUCGAAGCACGAACUCUUCUAAUCUUGUAUCCUCUACGUCGAUUAUCAAAACAACUGCUGAACCAACGGAGGCGACGACCGUUGAGACAGUGAUGACAUUGGCAUAUGAAACAGAAACACAAACGAUACGAGAUGACAUUUCACCCGAUGCCACUAGCAGUGAGAGUUUUACCCACCACUCCAUCCCUACUUUCCAGUACAAUAGAGGAGCUGACAAUGCCUUACCAUGGUGGAUGCAUCUCAUUAUCGUAUGUGUCGAAACAACUCUUGUUCUAGCUUGCGUUGCUUUUAUAUGGUACAGGAAGAGGAAGGCUACCAAUAAGAUCCAGCGCUCCCUUGAUACCGAAAGUGGCACCAUGUCUUCAGCAAAUUCAGGUUCGGAAAAGGGAAACGACGCGUCUGUGACAAUUGGCGAUGAUUGAACCGGAACUUUUUGACAGAUUACUAAGGAAUCACAUUCUUUUUGUAUAAUUUGUACUAAAGUAAAGAUAACUAUAAAAAAAUAGUCAAUAUGCUUCAAUUGGACGUACAUUCAAGGUUAUCUUUUGAAAUAAACUCUUAGAUAUUCGGAAGCCAUGGAACUUUGAGCUUAACACUCUUCAUUAACAUUAGAACUACAUGUAGACAGGCAACGUUCAACACAGUUAAGGUUUGCCAUUUAUCAAAAGGGCAGUAUUAACAACGAUAAAUGCCAGGGUGUGUUUCACAAAUAUUUUCGUGUGGCUUACAGUCGUACUUAAAUGCCGACGUGUUGAUCAAGAAGCAG